CCAGGCAUAUUAUAUUACCACUGUAGGCUGCAACAAGACGAUAUGGAUCUGGGUAUCUCUGGAUAAUCGUAGUACUUUGAAUAAUAGCCUACUACUUACAGCAAAGUGUGUUACAUACCUUGCUCGUAUUCGUCUGUCAUCGUGACAGACAAAGGGACUUUCCGCUGUAAAAAGAAUAUAAAUAGUUACUUUCGGUUUCAGUUUGACAGUCGAACCACGGUCGACGUUUUGUAGGCUUCAGGCAGCCGGUUGGAAAUAGUUAAAUUGCCAGUUCUAGUCUGUUAGGGGAAAUAUUGGUCUCGUUUUACGUUCUCAGGCGAAUAUUAAACAUCCGCCACAUCGAAGUUGGCACAUCAAAGGUAAAUAGUCUAACCAUUAUGCAGAAAAUGAGCUACUUCUUCCCUCUGCUGUUCGUGUGCCUGGAUGUGUGUGUGGUGCACGCCAUCCGCUUGGCCCAGCUCUCACCUCUGCUCCUCUCCCAUCCGUUCAUCACCCUGUGGGGAGGAGGGUUGACCAGGGCUGGCCUCCUCACCCUCCUCACCCUCACCUACCCUGGAAGCAUGCCCUGGAUGAGGAGCUUCAAGGGUCUACAGAGCUUAGGGGUCCUUUGCUUCCACUUCCCAGUGUACACCACUCUUCUCUGUGCGCUUGGACAGUCCACCAUGGAGGAACUGUGGGGGUGGCACUCCUGGCAAAGGGUGUUACAGGGUUAUGUGGUGACAGUAGUGGCAUGGCUCUACUGGAGUAGAUAUGUGUCAUCUCUUUUGCUCACCUGUGGUCGAUACAUCUCAUCUCUGUUCACGAGGGUGCCCUCUGACAAGCCCAGAGAGGACACCAGUACCUCUCUGAAGAGACUGAUGGGUUACAUGCAGCCGUAUCUUGGGCGCUUUGUUGCUGUGCUGUUUCUCGUGGUCCUCUCUUCUUAUGGUGAGAUGGCUAUUCCUCAGUACACUGGUCGUGUGGCUGACUGGAUCAUAAAUGAAGAGGCACCUGAUGCAUUCACAGAGGCUAUCACAAUCAUGACGCUAAUGACUAUUGCCAGUGCUGUGCUUGAAUUUAUAUGUGACCUCACGUACAACGUCACCAUGAGCCACAUACACACCUCAGUGCAGGGAUCCGUCUUCGAGGCUGUGCUGAAACAGGAGAUAGCUUUCUUUGAGGCCACUAAGACAGGUGAACUGGUGUCCCGCAUUACCACGGAUACCAACGAUAUGAGCGAGGCACUGAGUGAGAAACUAAGUCUUGCGAUGUGGUACACAGCACGUUUUGGCUUCCUCUUAUUCUUCAUGGUGAGCCAGUCAUGGAAAAUGUCUCUGCUGACUUGCAUGGGACUGCCCAUCAUCUGGGUCAUACCUGAGCUCACGGGACACUUCCACCAGACAAUUGCUGCAAAGGUCCAGGAGUCACUGGCUAAGGCCAACCAGGUGGCCACAGAGACCUUCUCCUGCAUGAAGACAGUGAGAAGUUUUGCCAACGAGGAUGGUGAGACAGAGAGGUACAGACUGCGGCUGGAGGAUACAUAUGCCCUUAAUAAAAAGGAAGCAGCAGCCUAUGCAGCCUCUACCUGGGCUAACAGUAUGACUACUUUGGCCCUGAAGGUGUGUAUUCUUUACUAUGGAGGGACUCUCGUGACUAGGGGGACUGUUAGCAGUGGAGACCUGGUUUCAUUCGUCCUCUAUGAACUACAGUUUGCCUCUGCUGUUGAGGCUGUCAUGCGUUAUUACCCAGAGGUGAAGAAGGCAGUUGGUGCCUCUGAGAAGAUCUUUGAAUAUUUGGAUCGCAAACCUGAAGUACCCCCAGAGGGCACAUUGGAACCCGAAAAUCUUGAGGGAAACAUUCAAUUCAAAAAUGUUAAAUUUUCUUAUUCUGGCAGGACAGACGAGAAUAAUCUUGUACUCAAGGACGUGUCUCUGCAGCUAAAGGCAGGCCAAAUCACCGCCCUUGUGGGGCUUAACAGAUCAGGGAAGUCCACCUGUGUCAAGCUGCUGGAGAGAUUUUACCAGCCCCAAGCAGGGGAGAUCCUACUGGAUGGGAAACCACUGCAAAGCUACAAAGACAAGUAUUUACAUGACAAGAUUGCUGUGGUGAGCCAAGAUUGUAGGCUGUUUGCUCGCUCUGUGCGGGAGAACAUCAAGUAUGGCUACGAGGACGCCUCUGAUGAAGAGAUGUAUAGGGCGGCCCAGCUGGCUAGGGCCGACGAUUUCAUCAGGGAUCUGUCAAAUGGAUACGACACAGAUGCUGGGGAGAAGGGAGGCCAGGUGUCCGGAGGCCAGAAGCAGCGUAUUGCCAUUGCCAGAGCUUUAAUCAGAUGUCCUAAAAUCUUGAUACUGGACAAUGCCACCAGUGAUUUGGACCCAGAGAAUGAAUACCAGGUUCACCAAGCUUUGUUAAACCAAAUCAACAAAUGGACCGUGCUACUGAUAUCGAACAAGAUGAGUGUUGUAGAGAAGGCCAAUCAUAUAAUUGUCCUUAACGACGGGAUGGUAAAGGAGGAGGGCUGUCACGAUGAGCUGCUGAAGAAAGGUGGCCUUUAUGCUGACCUGGUGAGAAAGCAGAAUAUGGGCUUUCACCGCCAAGAGGAGAAGAAGAAUGAUACACACUGAUAUGUGUGGCCGUUGUUACAGGAAGGUUGUUGGUUAAAUUUCUGGACUUGAAUGGUCAAAACUCCAUCAGUACUUGGGGUGGUCGAUAUGGCAAAAAUAUCACCACGAUUUAUUUCAGCCAGGAUCACGAUUCACAAUCUUAUCACGAUUCAUUUUCAUUUUGGUUUUUAAGACCAACGUUCAUUUAAAAAAGAAUUGAUUGAUUUUGUUCUUAUAACAUUUUAAAGAUUUUAAUAUAAACAUUUUUGAUUUGAUUUUGCCUUUAAUGUGAUAUUUGCUUCUGCAUAAAAACACAAAGCUAGGGAGGGACUAGUUUCAAAUAUUGAUUGGCGAUUACAAUAAACAAUCGCUUGAAUGUGUUUUACGCCCCUACCCCGUCAUGCAGACUCUGUGCUCUGUGCAGCCUGGUUGACUCUCAGUGAGUGAACACUGUGGCCGGACCGGGACCCAACACACCCUCUGAGACCGACAGAGGCCAGUUUGACGACACGGAGUACAGGACCGAGGGUUUUCUUGCUGGGUUUGGCUCUUGGCACCCUGGGGCUAACUCAGCUAAUAGGGCAGCUAGCAGCACGGUGAACUGAGUUUUUAGCAAAAAGUAAAUGUAUAUAUUCAUCAAGAAACUCUGUAAAUCACCUCAGUACUAUAUUCCUUGUUGGUCUCUGGGUUCGGUCCCGUUCAUGCCGUGUUUACCGGGAGGCUGCUGAGUUUAGUUGCCUUGUUCGCUCGGCUUGUUCUGGUGCCCGAUGCGGCGCCAGUCAGCUGUGACCACUAGGCUAACUGAGCUAAUUAGGUAACAGCAACUAGUUAACUUUAGCAACAAGUAACACUUUCUGUUUAUCAGCAAACUCCGUAACUCACAGAGAGUUGAGGCAAAGCAGCUGGGGAUACGGGGAACUUAAAUGUUAAUUUUAUAAUGGCCAACAGUUACAGUGUUGCCUUUGUAGACAGCGAAGGGCGCAGGCAGCGAGGCAGCUGACAUGCGAUGUUGACAGAGCAGCUGUCAACUGCGUGUGUAGCCACAGAAGAAACUGAUAGAUUGUGUAUUGUAGCACGAUACUAACUAUCUCUUUGAAAAGGCAGAUCGUUGAGACAUUUUAAUCAUUCACGAUCUAAUAUUGUAAUAUCGCCCACACCUAACUUGUACUGUAAAUACAUUCUUGUGAGACCACACCUCAUUCUACAAGUGUUUGAGUUUUUACCUAUUGAGACUAUUUAUCUUUUAAGUUAACUAUUAAGUUGUAAUUGUAAUCCCUAUUCUUGAAUUCUAGACUGUCAGGAGAAUACAAGUACCUUUCAGUCAGUGGCCUCUGAGUUAGGCAUCUAAGGGCCCUAUUUUAACUAUCUAAGCACAGUAUGCAGUUGCUUUUGGUGCACGUCCAACUCCAAAUUUGUUAGUUUAACCUCGGGAUAAUUUGUCAAUGCGCCAGGCACAUGUCUCCAGGUGAUUGUAUGUUGUCUGUGACAGGACAGAGGAAACUCUCCAGAGGAAACAGAAUUCAAAUUUUAGCUUCUCAAAUAAGUUAGAUGCUCUGAUUUAGCUUAGGAUUGAUGACACCUGCGGCUUUACUCCAAACAAGGUUAACUAUAUAAACCGGGACUGUGUUGAGACCUUUUGGAGAUAUCAAUAAAAUACUGCAUCGUGGUACAUUUUAAAUUUAUAUUGCAAUAUUGAUGUAUAUAAUAUAUUUUGGAAAUAUAUAUUACAUAUAUAGGUAUUUCUGCACUUACAUGCAAAUAUUAAUCCCUGUGGAUUCAUUUGCAACAUUGGCCACAAUGGUCUCUUCUAAUUAUUAUUACUCUUAUAUAAAUUUGAAUCGUCCCGUGGCAACCCUCUGUGAUCCAACUGUAAGUCCUACUGAGCAGCUCCCAUAUGUCAAUUGGUGUGAGUUCAUGAUGUAGAAACCAUCUUUCAGCUAGAUUUCAGGUAUUCCACAUUGUAAUGUAUUAGAUUGAGUGGUUCUAAACAUUGUAGUUGUAAAUAUUUUUCACAUUUCUCUUUGUUUUAUUUUCGCCUGUAUUGCUGAGUCUGUUUGUACUCCGUUUCCCUCCCCAGAGUUAUGACAAUAAAUCUUUUGAAUUCA